ACUAACUCCCGUGUGUGAGUCACGGCGCGGCCCGGCAGCGCCGUUAAAUGCCGUGUGCGGGCGGGCGGGCGGCGCUGCCUGGGCUGCUGCCGCCUCCUCCUCCUCCCCCCGCUCCGGUUCCCGGCCGGCGGGCCGCGCUUGUCACCCUGUCACAUCCCCCCCCGCGGCCCCCAGUCCCCCCGCAGCUCGCCCGCCGCCUGCCGAGCCCCCGCAGCGGCAUGGGAUAGAGCAGCGCUCCCUCAGCGCCCGGCUGCCAGCUCCUCGCUCCUUUUAACCCCGUUUUUUUUUUUUUUUUUUAAUUUUAAACCCCUCAUUUCUCCCCCAAACGCACACCUCUCUUAAACCCCCUCGCCCUCCCCGUGCCGUGCGGGCGCCCCCUGCCCCGUUGUGCCGCCCUUUUCCCCUCAGCGCCCCCCCCCCCGUCCUCAACGGUCCCCAACGGUCCUCGCCGCGGAGCCCCCCGGAGCGGAUAUAUGUUGGGGAAAGGAGGAAAGCGGAAGUUUGACGAGCAUGAAGAUGGGUUGGAAGGCAAAGUGGUGUCUCCUACUGACGGUCCCUCUAAGGUGUCUUACACCUUACAGCGUCAGACUAUCUUCAACAUUUCCCUUAUGAAACUUUAUAACCACAGGCCAUUAACCGAGCCGAGCUUGCAAAAGACAGUUUUAAUUAACAACAUGUUGAGGCGAAUCCAGGAAGAACUCAAACAAGAAGGCAGCUUGAGGCCUGUGUUUGUGACUGCUUCGCAGCCCGCCGACCCUCUCAGCGACAACUUCCGUGAGGCCCAGCCGGCGUUCAGCCAUCUCGCCUCCCAGCCCCUGCUCCCCACUGACUUCGUAAGCACUACGCCCCUGGAGUCUUGCCUCACCCCGGCCUCUUUGCUCGAGGACGACACUUUUUGCACUUCCCCGACUGUCCAGCACGAUGGUCCGACGAAACUACCACCUCCUGUUCUCCAACCAGUCAAGGACAGCUUCUCCUCAGCCUUGGACGAAAUCGAGGAGCUUUGUCCCGCACCUACCUCCGCAGAGGCAGUAGCAGUAGCAGCCGACACAGCCGCCGCCGACUCGAAAGACCACCCCAGCGAGUCCAGCGUUCAAAAGCCCGAGGGCGUCGCGGAGAGCAGAACGGCCGAAUCCAAACUCAUGGACUCGCUGCCCGGCAACUUCGAGAUCACGACUUCCACAGGUUUCCUCACAGACUUGACCCUGGAUGACAUUCUGUUCGCUGACAUUGACACGUCCAUGUAUGAUUUUGACCCCUGCACGUCUGCCACGGGGGCUGCCUCCAAAAUGGCUCCCGUCUCAGCAGAUGAGCUCCUAAAAACGCUCGCGCCAUACAGCAGUCAACCAGUAACUCCAAAUCAGCCUUUCAAAAUGGACCUCACAGAACUGGAUCACAUCAUGGAGGUGCUUGUUGGGUCUUAAAAUAUAGAAAUAUAGCAACUCUCUCUCUCUUUUUUUUUUUUUAAUUUUAAUUUUAAGUACCAGUAUAUACACUUGGUAGUAUUUCCAUAGUCCCUCCCGCCCCCGAUUCACAGCACUGUGCAUGCGUCCUUGCUUGCCUUUUUUGAAAAGAAAAGGAUCACACUAGUUUUUGCUUCAAGCAGAGUUGGAGUGCCUUCAUCCAUGUAUGACCACUUCUAAUGUAUUUUUUUUAAAGUGGUUCCUCAAGGAAGACCGAAUAUCCUGGUAUAGGAAAGAAUAUGUAUUGUAGACAAUGUUAUGUUAUUACAAAAAAAAUUGUAAAAGCUAAGCACAAGGAUUAUGUUUGGGAAAGCUGUAAAUUGCAUGUGCAUAUUUGUCUAUUUUUUCUAUAAGUUUUAUUGCAAGAGGUAAAAAAAAUUAUUAUUUAGAUAAUCUCAAUACCAUUUUAGCCCUGUAUAGGUUGACUUAGCAAUUCAGCCUUUUGGAGGCAUUAACCUGCUCCUCUUUAAGUGUUGCAUUUACAUGGCUGUUUAGAAACUGCUGCCCAAAUUUAUUUUAUAUUUUUGUACAGAUUCUGCAGUUUAUGAUAUUGUUUUUUCUAAAAACAAAUGCUGUUUAUACACACAAAAAAUAGCUAUUUUGAUAGGAUUUGCUCACAUAGUUCCUGCAUAAUUCAGAUGUACAAGAACCACUUGUACUUUUAUACAGAGUUGUAAUGUUUUAUAUGUGUAUGGUGCAAAGAGAAAAUUGGAUCAAAUAAGCCUGCAGUUGGUUUCCCUGAAUGCAAACAAACAAACAACAAAAAAAGUGCUUUAAGAAAGGGCUGGGAGCUGCUCCUGUAGGAGUUUCACAAGUGUUUGCUCCCUGCUGUACCCACUGCGCACUACUGUGAUUCCCGAAACUCAGAGCCAUGUCCUUUUCCAACACGUACGCGAAGCAGUCGGCAGGAAACAGUUGUGGAACCCAGAGGAGCUGAACGCGGUGGCGGUGCAGCCCCUCCUCGCCUGCGGCCCCGGGAGCAAUCUGGAGGGGGACCACGCCUGCUGCUCGCCAGGAGCAUCCCUCCCGCGGCCAUCGUCCUGACCGGCAGGCAGAAGACUGGCGUCGAAGCGUCCACGUGCCCUUUCUUGGAGCAUUUCUCCUCCCCUCGCCCCACCUCACUGUGCUAAGUGCUGAAAAAGGCAACUUCAGUAUUACUGCAGUGAAGCUCAUCUCUUACCUGCACUGGAUGGACUUGCUUUAAUAUCCAUUGCCGCUGAAACUGGAGCCAGUCGCGUUACAUCACUUGGCAUCUCGUAUAGGGUUGGUUUCUUGUAUCAACUGUGUUACCUGCUUUACACUUUAUAGACCUGUUUUACAACGAAUAUACAGACACAGCUUUCUAUGCAUGGUCCCGUUCCCCGUAACACCUGAGAAGUCUUCUCAUUACUGCACCAAUAGCAUUUUUUAAGUUCAUUGUGGUGUACAUUUAAUUUAAAAACAAAACGUUUGCAAUGUAUCAUGCCUAUUGCUGAAGUUGCUAUGGCAUUUUAGUUUUCCAAUGGUACUUUAGCUGUUGAGCGCCGGUUACAACCUAUAUUGUUGACAUGCCUAUGGCUUCUUUAGGAAUAACUUUUAUAUUUAUUUAAGAAAUUUUAAAUUAUGUUUUACGUCAUUUGGCAAUAUUCAGUCAAUUCUGCUCCCUUCUUGUCAUGGAUGAAAUUGGGUCUUGUCUGCCUUUGAAGGAGGCAGCCUUUUAUAAAUUGGCACUUUAAAGCAGGCCAUAUAUAUUUAUUAGUGUAUAGAUAGAUAGAUAUAACAUAGAUAUGCACACAGACAGAGUAUAAAAGCAGAUGCAUUUUGCAAUGAAGGAACUCCUAAUCGAAACGAAACACGUUGCGUACAAUUACGAAAGGCUUCUGGAGCCCAGCUCCCGCCAGGGUGAGGUGUGGGGCUGGGGGACAACUGGGCGCGGGGGUGGGUUUUGCUUUGUUUGCCAAGCCACACUCAGUGAUGCUGAUGGCGCUGCAGUCAUUUCCUUACACGGGCUAAAA